AAGUGAGGUUAAAUUUUGUAUGUACUUCAUGUCUUAGAAAGAAAAUUAUUAGAUAAAUAUGUCUAUAAGGUCCUGUAUUCGAGUAAUUCCUUUAUUAAGGAAUAGUAUAAACUCACAUAGUUCGUGUCUGCCACGGACAAUUAAUUUCAAUAGAAGUAAUACUCACAGAUCUAUUUUCUCUUUAUGUAACAAACUGGAUAUAAGAUUAUAUUCAACAGAAAAUAAAUCAGAAUCAAGGGAAAUCUACUACGGAUCUCUCACUCCGCAAAUAAAAGCAGUUAAAAUAUUUUCAUUAUCAUCAAGUGUAGUUGGAGUUAUAGCUCAACCUUUUUUAUAUAAUGAAAUAGCUGCGACUGGAAAUGUACCUGUUAUUAUAGCUGCAUACACUGCUAUUGGUUUUUUCACAGUUGUUACUCCUAUAUUGUUGCACUUAAUUACGAAGAAGUAUGUUACUCAUCUGUACUACAAACCAAAUACCAAGAGCUAUGUUGCAAAUAAUGUUAAUUUCUUCUGUUUGACCAAAAAGACUGAAUUCACACCAGAAGAUGUAGUAGUACCUGAUGUACCUGGCAUGUUCACAACAUUUGAAGUCAAAGGAAAAGCCUUGUUUGUUGAUCCCAGACUCUUUGAAGAUCCUGAGCACUAUGUAAAAAUAAUGGGCUUUGACAAACCACUUGAUUUUAAAUUGUAUCAGACUACUGACAAUAUACCAAACAGUAGUAAUAAAAAAGAUUAACAAAUGGCUUUUUAGAUUAUUGUAUUUAUUAAGAUUUUACUUAUACAAUUGUGAUAACAGUUAAAUAGAAAUUAUAGUAUAUUAU